CAAUAAUGGCCAGCCAUGAUCUGCUGUAGUGCUGGAGAGGAGGAUGACAGAGAGAGGAAACCAUGGAGAAAUACCUUCCCAAAUAUGUCCCAUUCUUCACUCUGCUGGCUCUGUCAGGACUCUUAUUCCUGCUGUGGAAUAUCACCUCAUUGGAAAGCUGGAACUGUCAGAGAGUAUCUACCUUCUAUCAGCUUCAGAACAGCAUCCAGUCAGUCUUAAAGACCUCUGAAUUUUUUCUACCGGUGGAGUUUAACUACUCCUUCUGUGCCCACCUUGGCCAGGAGCCCAAUGCAGAGGAAGCCAGGGAGGAGAGCUAUCUUCUCAAAUCCAUUGCCUGGCCAGAGCCGUUGGUCCUGGGACUGCCGUUACGUCAAAGUAGCGAUCCUGCACAGAGCUAUUAUAUAAUCCAAGACCCUGGAGAUCUGCAGGUGGGUGGGCAACUGGUAGUGAAAGUGCAGAUGCACAAUUUUUUGGGUCAGCCCAAAAAACACGGAGGAGACUUUCUAGUUGCGCGACUUCACACGCCAGAACUGGCGGCAGGUGUGGCUGGCCAGGUACACGACCACAACAAUGGAAACUACACAGUAUUUUUCCUGCUUCUUUGGGCAGGUGUUGCCCAGGUGGAACUGACAAUGAUUCACCCCAGUGAAGCCGUGAUGGUCCUCAGGCGAUUGAGAGAGGAACAAUCAGACCGAGUGUUCUUCAAAAGCCUCUUCCGUUCAGGGUACCUCUCUGAGACAACUCUGUGUAAUUUGUGUUUGCCGCACAAACAGCAGCCGCUUUGCAACUACACAGACCCCCAGACUGGAGAACCCUGGUUCUGUUAUAAGCCCAAGAUGUUGGACUGUGAUACACGGAUUAACCACUCAAAAGGGGGGUAUAAGAAACACCUUCUCACUGUUUAUGAGUCACAGUUCUUCCAAAGUGGAGUAAAUAUCAAAAUUCCAAUACAUUCUGCAGGGGUGGACAAUGUGACUGUUCAACCUGCUAAAGUACAAACCAAAGGAAUGCACUUUGAAUUCACUCCUUCUGGGUACUACUACCAGGGAUCAUGGAGACCUUUGAGUGGUGUCGUCAUGCGUCAGUUUAAUGGCUCUUUAGUCAUAACACAGUGUCUUCGAGGGAAAAUGGUGUACAUGUAUGGAGACUCCACUGUGCGACAGUGGUACGAGUAUCUCAUUGCCCAUGUUCCAGAGCUUAAGGAAUUCAAUUUUCAUAGCCCAAAGAAUGUUGGCCCAUACAUGGCAGUGGACAGCAAUCGCAACAUAUUAUUGAGAUACCGCUGCCACGGGCCACCGAUCCGCUUCACGUCCGUGUCCUCGGCUGAGAUGCACUAUAUCUCAAAUGAGCUGGAUGGCUUACGAGGGGGCUCGGACACGGUGGUCGUGAUUAGUAUCUGGUCGCAUUUCAGCACUUUCCCAGUGCAAGUGUACAUACGGCGCCUACGCCACAUCCGCAGGGCGGUGAUCCGACUGCUGAAGCGAGAACCGGCGACUUUGGUGCUGAUCCGCACAGCCAACCUCCAGAAACUGGACCCCGAGUCCAGCUUGUUCAACAGUGACUGGUUCUCCCAACAGCUUGACGCAGUGCUCCGAGCCAUGUUUAAAGGUCUGAACGUCCGGCUGGUGGACGCCUGGGAGAUGACACUCGCCCACCAUCACCCUCAUCAGCUACACCCUCCAUCUGACAUUAUAUCAAACAUGGUUAACUUCAUCCUAUCACACAUCUGUCCAGUGAGGAGAAAGAGAAGGCGGGGCUAAACUUCUCGAGCAGUAUCUUAAGGAACUGGUGAAAUUCGCAGGUGUUAUAAAAAGAAG